AUGGAGAUCCAACCCUUCACCGGGCCCUCAUACAUCCCGCACGACAGGCUAGAGUCUCUGAGGCGAGCUCUCCGAACAACCGGGCACUGCCGCAGGACGUCAAACUUGACAGGAUUGCCAUGGUUGUGGCAUGACGGGCAUGGCGGCCUGCCUUCACUCUUAGCUGCCGCCAUGCAAGCUCGCGAAGAACAGCUCAGGUUCCCAGGUACGGCCAUGCGAGCGCUGGAGCUGGAGCCGCACGGGAGUCCCAUUGCAAGGAGGAGGGAAUAUGCGAGACCAGCGACAGUCAAGGUGGUGGAGGAUGAUCCUCACGAGACCUUCCUCUCUCCGAUCACAAGGGGUAUGGUGGACUCGCGGCAUCACAGCAAUGUUGGCCUGGAGCUGCGGCCCGUUAGUAUGUGCCUGUCUCCAGAGAUGGAAGAGCAAGUCUACUUCCUCAUCGAGCGAACUUAUCUCUCCAGCCCAGCUCGCUUGUCCAAUCAAAUCUCUUCCCUGGACAUUCUCAUGUCCAUCGAUGGUUUCAGCACGACGGGAGCGUCUCUUGCAGAGGAGGGCAACGUCGAGCCGAGGUUCGAACCAGUCGACUUUGGUGCCAGUAGUGACGACAUGGCAGAGAGGUACCAGGAGUAUCAGUACGUCGAGCUCGUGCGGGACUGCCAGUACCUGAAGCUGUCUCCACUGAAGAAGAUUGGCUGGCCCCAUCCCGACCUGUAUCAGGUGACCUACCUCCUCUUCCUCCUCCUCUUCCUCCACUUCAUCAUCAUCAUCAUCACAACCACCAUCGCAGAUCCCAUGACGGUGUUGUGGUUCCAGAACUUCGGCCACCUCUGCAUCAUCUUCUCCAUAGUCCUCCUGUCCUUGGAGGAUCCCAGCACGACUGCCAACCAAGUCUCGCCCCUGCAGACCGGCAGGGAUAAGACGUGCAAGACGACCACUGGCUCGAUCUGCCGCUUCCCCUUCACCUACAAGGGAGAGACGUUCAGCAGCUGCACAUCGAAGGACAACCUUGGGAUCCAAUGGUGCGCGACAAGCACUGAUUACGUCACCGGGUUGUUCCCUACAUCGUUGCUCAUGGUACGAUUGAGAUCCUCUCCCCUCAACUCCUCACCCGACCCGUCAGGAUUGUUCUUCGGACGGCAGGAGUUCCGGCAGUUCAGAGCUUAUCAGGUCCUCCGCGUCCUCCGCGUCCUCAAGCUCGCCGGGCGCUUUCCGCCCGUCUACAACGUCAUCCUCCUCUUCGGGCAGCUGCAAGACGCUCUCCUCACCGCGCUGCUGAUCAACGGCAUGCUCCUCCUUGCUGUUGCUGUCAUCGCCAUGCAAGUGUGGUUGGGGCAGUUGAGUAUGCGAUGCUUCAGUCAAGAUACAGGCCUGAUGUCAACGGACAAGCGAGCUUGCGAUCCCUCCUCCUCCUCCUCCUCCUCCUCCUCCUCCUCCUCCUCUGCCAACCCCUGGAGCCUCCGCCUGACAGGGCGAGGGUGCCCAGCUGGCUUCCAGUGCGCUCCCAGCUUGAUCGUUCCUUCCCUCGUCUCCAGCCCCUCCCUUGACUCCAUCGCUUCCUCCUCCCUUCAGCUCCUCAAGGUCUUCACCCUCGAGUCUUGGAUGGAUCUCUCCUACAGCCUCAUGUUCGAGAAGAUGCAGAACGACAAGUUGACUGAGAAGGCUCGCCGGGUCAUCAUGCAGUGGAGGAGGAUCAAGAUGCAUCAGGGGUUUCAGAAGUACCAACGGCAGAAGAUGAUUCUGCGGACCAUGAAGGAGCGCAUUCUAGACAGGAGGGAGAUCUUCGACUGGGCCGUCGCCCGCUGGAGGCACGCAGAGCUGCUGGGGGCAUGGAACGCCUGGUGCGACCUCCUCCUCCAGCAGAAGCUCGCCAUGCAGGUCCGGGCCGAGAUCUCCGGACAGCAGCACCCCAGCUCGGGGAUGCAGCUGAGCAUCAAGAAGAAGGCGAAGAUGGCGAGGGCCAAGAAGCUGCAGGCCGAGCAAGUCUCCUUCUCCCAGCUGAUGCAGCAGCUGGCCUUGUCCGAGGGGCUCGAGAGCGUCAUGGUGGCGCUGGUGUGCUUGUCGGUAGUGCUCAUGAGUCUUCAAGGGACGUGCGACUCCGCGCUCGGCUCGCUCUUCCGCUGCUCCCCCGACAACCAGCGCUCCUGGCUCCUCUACUCCACCGUCGUGGAGGCCCUCCUCCUCUUCUGCACGGCUGCCUUCACCCUGGAGGCGGCGAUCAAGCUCGUCGGGCUGGGAUUCAAGUACUUCCUCUCCCUCGGCAACUUCUUCGACUUCAGCGUCGCCGUUGUCUCACUGUCUGAGGUUGGGAUCCUACUCUCCUGCAACACUAACCGCCUCUCUUCCAACGACUUCUCCUCCUCCUGCACCGACUCCACCUCUGGCGUCCAGGCUCUCCGCGCCUUCCGCGUCCUCCGCAUCUUCCGCCUUCUCCGCAGGGUCCCAACGCUGCAGACCAUUUCGCUACAGAUCCUCGACGUGCUGAAGCAGUCGUGGGGUGCCGUCCUCCUCUUCUUCCUCUUCAUCUUCACCUUCGCUCUCAUGGGCAUGCACCUCUUCGCGGGGAAGAUCCUCCUCUCUCCUCCCCCCAUCAUCAUCCCUGGCUCGCGUCUCUACAUCCGCGAUCCUUCUCCCUCCUCCUCCUCCCUCCUCCCAGGCCUUCGGGCGAUCGCAGAGGUCAGUCAGCAGCCCCCCCAGGACUAUCGUCUCCCUGACCGCAUCAACGUCUCCCUCGUCUCCUCCUUCUUUCGUGUCAGGGAGUUCACCAAGAUCGAAGUCAGCCUUGACGGAGGAGGAGGAGAAGAAGGAGGAGGAGGAGGAGGAGUGCUGCCUAGCGUGCAGUUUUCAGUCCCAGACUUGGACAACUUCGAGUCUUGGAUCUCUUCUUUGAGGACGACAACUCAGAUUGUCUUCGGCAACCGCUGGAAUGUCUUACUGCAACUCACACAAGAUUCAGGAGCGAUCGCCUACCUGUACGUCUUGAGCCUCCUCGUGCUGGCUCGCGUGCUGUCAGCUGUCUUCACCUCCCUCUUCUACGUGCGGAUGAACCUCGUGCACCAGCAGGAGGCGAGGAGGAAGCAGCGCGAGGACGCCAAGGAGCAGCAGAGCGAAGUUCACAUUGGGGGCAUGUGGUCCAUCCUCUACCAAGACGGCAGCAGGGAGUCCAGCUCGGAGGCAGCUGAGCUAGUUGUCAUCCUGCACAGGAAGGGGGCGAGAAACUUCGACAUCAUCUCUCCUCGUCGCGGGUGGACGCCAGUGCGGGGGAAGCUGACGAUGGACAGGACGGGGCUGCACGCGUACCUGGGGCAGAAGAAUCAGAUGAAGACGAGGAUGUACGCGAAGCUCUUCGACGGAGGCAGCAUCCUCGUGUGGGCCAACGGACAGCGCUGGGUGCUGGAGGGGAGGAAGCUGCCUGGGCAUUUCAGCAGCCACUAUGUGCCCAAGGAUGAAAGGAUGAAGCCAGGAGUGAAGAAGCAAGAGGAGGAGGCGGCGCAGGAGGAGGAGGAGGAGGAGGAGGAGGAGGAGGAGGAGGAAGCUAAGUAUCAUCGCAAAUAUCCAGUGGCAGCCCCGACGCACUCAGAGGAGAUGAGGAAGGAGCUCCGAGAGACCGCGUGCUACUGGCUUCCUGUCGACAUCUCCCACCUCCACCCCUUCCAGUCCCUGCAGGAAAUCUUCCUCCCCGUCGUCAACCUCCGCGUCUGCUCAGCAGCCGUCGCUCGCUCGCUCCUCUGGGUCAGUGAGCAGGGAGCAGCUGCGAGCAGGUGGCUGCACUCGCUCCGUCCUCCUCCUGUGCAGAAGAAGAAGCUCAAUAUCCGGGACCUGGAUCUGCAGCGAUGCAGCAGUAGGGAGCUGGUGGCCUUCUUCCGGGACGUUGAGCAUCGCGUUGCUGUCGAGCAAGCGCUCUCUGCGCACAUCGAUGCGGCAGUGGAGGUGAUCCGAGAUCGAUGCGACAAGCUGGAGGAGGAGAAGAGGAAGAGACCGCGGGGGGCGAACAACGUCUGGUACGACGAGCAGCAGAAGAGCAGCAUGGACAAGGUCGUCGUCCUCCUCCGCUUCAAGGACAUGCUCACUGUCGCCUCCUCCUCCCUCGGCCUCGCUCGCUCCAGCUCCUUGCGCCUGCUCGCCCGACGAGUAGGAGGCAGCAGAUCCUUUCACGUCCUCUCUUCCCUCAUCAUCCUCGUCAACGCAGCGACUCUGGGCUACGACGUUCCUGCUCGCGUGGGAACAGAGCGAGAGAUCAUCGAUAGCCUUCAGUUCUUCUUCACCGCCUUCUUCCUCCUGGAGGUUCUUGUCCUCGUCCUAUGGAAGGGUCUUCGCGUCUACCUCGGCGACCCCUGGAACAGGUUCGACUUCGCCAUCGCCGUCAUCAGCGUCGCAGACACCUUGAUCAUUCUUUUCCUCCGCACCGCCCCCGACGCUGCCGCUCUUGCCACCCUCCUUGUCGGCCUGCGAUCCCUGCGAUCCCUCCGUCCACUCCGCCUCCUCCGAAGCGCCGAGACUCUCCGCCGGUUCGGUCGCAGCAUCCUGCACUCUUUCCUCGCGCUCUCCUCCUCUCUCCUCCUCUACCUCCUCGCCAUCCUCAUCUUCGCUGUCUUCCUCGUCCAGCUGCUGAGCGGCAAGAUGGGGGCCUGCAGUGACGGCAGCGUCUUCGCGCGGAGAGACUGCGAGGGGGUCGCGGCAGACAAGACCAGACGAACAUGGCGGGCCAGACCCUUCAACUCUGACUGGAUCGGACCCGCGCUCGUCACCGUCCUCAGCGCCUCCUCGGGAGACCAGUGGAACGCGAUCCUGUCAGAGGCGAUCGACUCGAGCGGGGAGGAUAGCGGGCCGUGGGAGCGGCACAGCGAGGGCUUCUUCGGCUUCUUCCUCCUCCUCAUCCUCUGCGGCAAGCUCAUCUUCUCCAACCUCUUCCUCGCCAUCCUCGCUCGCUCCUACUCCCAGUCGGAGACCCACCGCUCCCAGCAGGCCCGCAGGCGUCUGCGGCAUCGCCUACGAGCUGAGAAUCAGCUGGUGAAGGUGACGACAGAGCAGUUCGAGGCGAACGUGACGGUGAGGGCGGGGGAGGACGGGAGCAUGCGAGCGACGCGGGUGAGGAGAGAAGAUCUCCCGCUGGUGAUGAUCCAGCCCUCGCAUCCCUCCCGUAGAAGACUUUACAACUUCUUCUGGGGGCGGCUCUCAGAGCGAGUCGUCCUCCUCUCUGUCUCCUCCUGCGUCGUUCUCUCCGUCCUCGAGACCCACAAGCUCUCCUCUUGGCAGGCGCAGCUCGUUACUGUCACCAGCUUCUUCUUCUCCUUCCUCUUCAGCGUCGAGCUCGUCUGCCGCCUCCUCGCCUUCCAUCCUCGAGGCUUCUUCCAGUCUCCCUGGAACCUCCUCGACUGCGUCAUCAGCAUCUCCUCCCUCCUCGGCCUCGUCCUCGACUCCUCCUCCUUCAGCGCCAGCCUCCCCCUCCGCCCUCAGAUCCUCCGUAGCCUCAGGAUCCUCCGGAGUCUGCGGAUCCUCAAGGUGGAGCCUGCGGUCAUGCAGGCGCUUUCCUCCGGCUCCUCCCAGCUCCUCACGCUCGUGGGCUUCAGCUUCGUCCUCCUCUACACCUCCGCCGUCAUGGCCUCCUCCUCCUUCGCUCACCUCUGCGAGCAGACUGAUCGCGACCUCCCCGGCCUCCUCGCCGUCCGCUGCCAUCUGACCGACCCCUCCGCCAGCCUCCAGCGCUCAAACUUCCGCUCGGUGCCAACCUCCCUCCUGACGCUGCUGAGGAUGAGCACGGGAGACGGGUGGGUCGACAUCAUGGAGAGGACAGGGCAUGUCCACCGCGACUACCCGCGAGCAAGAAACGCGACGGAGGAGGCGAUCGCAGCCUUGAAGAAAUGGAUGGGGGCACCAGCGGCCGAGCAGGAAGACUGGAUGGUAAAGGCACAAGAGGCGCUACCAGGCUGCUUGUCGAAGGAGGAGGCAAAGCAGCUGCAGGCAGCAGGAGUGAUGAGCUGCAUCAGCUGGUCUUGGGGGCGUGAAGUAGAAGUGACGUGCGACGAGACGUGUGGAAGCAACCUGUCCAAGUUCGUCAUCCCUCUCUUCUCAGUCCUCACGAGCUUCUUCCUGGUCAACCUCUCGGCCGCCAUCGUCAUCGAGUCGCUCCGCAAGGCCAAAAAGUCGAGCGGGCACAACGUCCUGCUAUCCCAGCACGUCACCAAGAAGAGGUUCAAGGCGCUCUACCUGCUGUGGCUGGAGAAAGCCAAGGGGAGGGGGAGGAAGGCGGAGGAGGAGGAGGACAUCGGUCGUCUCUGCGUCAAGGUGGAGGGGGCACGGGGGCUGCCCAACGAGAGCCGCCUGAGGAAGCUCAACCCCUACUGCAGCCUCGUCCUCCACACCUCCUACCGCAGUACCGCCAUGUGCUCCAAGACGGCUGAGCCGGAGUGGCAGGAGACUUUCCUGCUCCCCCUCCGCCGCUGCCCCACCGACCUCCUCCUGCGCGUCUUCGACUUCCGCGAGGCCGUAGACGAGCAUGCGUUCCUCGGGGACGUUCGUAUCGUGCUGGAGGACGCGAUCCUCAGGCGCAGAGGUGUGUCCUCCUCCGGGGAGAGCUGCAUCUGCGAGGGAUGGUUUCCUCUUUCCGCCCCUCUCCAGUGGAAGGGAGCCGGAGGCAGGAUCAAACUAGUCCUCGACUUCCUCCCUCGCCCUGCCAACUCCGCAAGGAGAGGAGACGCAGUGGGAGAGGAGGAGGCGAUGGAGCCGGACGAGUUCGUGCGAGGCUUCAGAGGCCAGGCAGCAGAAGGAGAAGGCAACAGCUGGACGUCUUCGAGGCGGGAGGAUGGAAAAGUAGAGGAGCUCCUGAAGAGCAUGGAAGAGCUAAAAGAGGAGGAGGAGGAGGAGGAGGAGAAGGGCAGGAUCGCAGACGAGCAGGAGGCGAGAAGGUCUCAAGAGCCCACGGAGGAAGUCAACGAAUUCCUCGAACAGAAGAGACAGAAAGGUACCCAGGAAGGUGAGCCAGCCUCUGCCCCUCGAGAAGAUGCCGGGAAGAGGGAGGAAAGGAAGAGGGAGGAAGGGAAGAGGGAGGAAAGGAAGAGGGAGGAAGGGAAGAGGGAGGAAGAAGGUAAAGAAACACGGAGGAUGUUUCCUCCCUCCCACGAUGCUCUCACCGCCCUGGCCGGCACUCCGAUCGUGCUAGUGAGAAGCCGAAGGGCCGAGAGCCUUGGAGAAUUCAAUGGGCAAGAGAGCAGGAGGAGGAGAGGGGAAGAAGUUGGUGGAACUGGUGACGAUCGACGAAGCUCGCGGGAGGUGGAGGAGGCACGAGGCAAAUGGGAGGGGCGGCGACAUAAGGGAGGGAAGCUGAGGAGCGAGAAGGACGAGGGAGGGACGGAGAGAGCUCACGGGCGGAGGGAUGGAGGGAGGAAGCAGGAGGAGCGUCUGAUGCGACCCUCGUCCGGCAUCCGGAGUCUGGAGGAUCGACCAGUCACGCAGUCACAGAAGCGCUUCCUCCUCCACCAGGGAGUUCCGCACCGCUUCCUCCCCUCCUCCCGCGCCGAGGCCUCAAGGUCAAGGAUGAUCCGGUCGCUGCUCCAUGCUCCCGCUGACGCACCCUCCUCGUGCCUACAACACACUCGCAUCCUCGCUGGUGAGAGAGACUAUGAGCUCAGCGCUCUUAGCCAGCACGCGGUGGCGGAAGCGAUCGCGAGGUUCAUUGAGCACAAGCAUGCGGAGAGCUGA